CGUCAGUUACUGAUUCACUCAGCCCAGGGAAGGGCUGCUUUCCAGCUUGGUUUGAAUGCUUGUCCUCUAAUCGGCUGGAGAAAAGCAGUCACAUAAGCCAAAGGGAAAGGAAAUGCCUCUGUGAUACUGCUCACAUGAAUAACUAGGACUGAGCAGUGGUGGACUCCUGAAGCCCAGCUUCUGCAUCUUCUCACCCCGUUUCUUUAGAGCUGCCUUGACUGAGACAAGUGACAAUUUGGGAGGCUUUCCUCUUUAUUUGUCUGUCUUUUUCAAGGCAGUCCGUGAAGAAAAGCAGAAGGUAUGACGCCCUCCUCAGACAAAGAGCUCAACGGGCUAGAUAACCCCAGCUUCAUGGGUGAAGAUGGGAGCCACUACUACGCCUUUCCUGACCUCACUGCCCAGAGACCAAAGGAAGGCAGCGGUGAGGACCACAGCAGCAAGCUGGCGUACACCGUCACAGAUGUACCGCCGUGGUAUCUGUGCAUCUUGCUUGGCAUUCAGCAUUUCCUGACAGCCAUGGGAGGUCUCGUGGCCGUCCCUCUGAUCCUCUCCAAAGAACUGUGCCUCCAACAUGACCUCCUCACCCAGAGCCACCUGAUCAGCACCAUCUUCUUUGUCUCAGGGAUUUGCACCCUAUUGCAAGUCUUCUUUGGAGUCAGGUUGCCUAUUAUCCAAGGAGGGACUUUUGCGUUCCUGACUCCCACCCUGGCCAUGCUGUCUCUUCCCAAGUGGAAGUGCCCUGCCUGGACGCAGAACGCCACCCUAGUGAAUGCCUCUUCGUCAGAGUUCAUCGAAGUCUGGCAGACACGGAUGCGAGAGGUGCAAGGAGCUAUCAUUGUUGCUUCCUGCUUUCAAAUCUUCAUUGGAUUUUCUGGCCUGAUUGGAUUUCUGAUGAGAUUCAUUGGCCCUCUGACAAUUGCCCCAACCAUCACCUUGGUUGCGCUACCUCUCUUUGACUCGGCUGGAGAUGACGCUGGGCAACACUGGGGCAUAUCUUUCAUGACUAUUGCUUUCAUAGUUCUGUUCUCUCAGUACCUGAAAAAUGUGCCUGUGCCAUUGCCGUCUUACCAGAAAGGCAAGAAGUGCCACUUCUCUAAGGUCUACCUCUUCCAGAUCUUCCCAGUGCUGCUGGGGCUCUCCCUGAGCUGGCUGCUCUGCUACGUGCUCACGGUGACUGACGUGCUCCCCGUGGAUCCGGCAGGAUACGGCCACCUGGCUCGGACUGACACGCGAGGGGACGUCCUGUCCCAGGCUCCCUGGUUCCGGUUCCCCUACCCAGGCCAGUGGGGAGUCCCAACCGUCAGCCUGGCUGGGAUAUUUGGCAUCACAGCUGGGGUGAUUUCCUCCAUGCUGGAGUCGCUGGGAGAUUACUACGCGUGCGCCCGCCUGUCAGGUGCCCCGCCACCGCCGAAGCACGCCAUCAACCGUGGGAUCGGGGUGGAAGGCAUUGGCUGCCUUCUGGCCGGGGCCUGGGGGACUGGCAAUGGCACCACGUCGUACAGCGAGAACGUGGGUGCCCUGGGCAUCACCAAGGUAGGGAGCCGAAUGGUGAUAGUCGCUGGUGGCUGUGCCAUGCUCCUGAGCGGCAUCUUUGGGAAAGUGGGGGCUAUGUUUGCCAGCAUACCUACUCCUGUGAUCGGAGGAAUGUUCCUGGUGAUGUUUGGAGUUAUCACGGCAGUGGGAAUUUCCAAUUUGCAGUAUACAGAUAUGAACUCCUCCAGAAACUUCUUUAUCUUUGGGUUUUCUGUAUUUGCUGGCCUCACGAUUCCCAACUGGGCAAGCAAGAAUAGCGGACUGCUGGAAACAGGAAUCAUCCAGCUGGACCAAGUGAUACAGGUGCUUCUCACCACUGGCAUGUUUGUGGGUGGAUUCCUGGGGUUUCUCCUUGAUAACACCAUUCCAGGAACACAAGAGGAGCGAGGACUCCUGGCAUGGAAGCAAAGCCAUAAGCAAAAGGGGGACAACUCUCAGCUCAUCUCCAAUGUCUAUGAUCUUCCCUUUGGCAUAGGCACCAAAUACUGUGCUGUCUCUUGGUUUUGGCAUCUCCCCACUUGCCCCAAAAGACCACCUGGAGGCAAGCAAACGGAUGAACCAAAGGCUGCCGAACAGGAACGCAGUGUUAAAGCAAGCUCGGAAAGAGCUCCUGAGAUAGGUGCCGACACAAGGAUAUAAGCCCUGGCCUGAAGGUGAACUUACCUUUGAAGCAGAGGUCUGAAAAUUGUGUCUGUAGCCAUCAUUUGAGCCUUAGGUGGCAGCUGUCAGAGGCUGGAGCAGAAGAGUCGAUAACAUGUCUUUCUCUUCCAGUGCCACUGGUGACCUCGAGGGAUUCACUUUUCUCCUCUCUGCUUUUUCCUGCCCACCUCCAGGAAGAUCAUAAUUCUGCUUUGGAGAACACCGAACCCCAGGCAGUCCUCGGACAUUUGGUUUCCCUCCUUAUGCUGCACCCUGGGGUCCCUCAGCUGUUUAGCUGAAGCAGAGACCUUCCUUUCCCCCUUCCCUGGUGGCUCUUGGGGUCAGAGCAGGAGGCACCCCGAUGUGGACCCUCUGCUGUCCUCAGGUGUCUCUUGAGCUGAGGCUCAUCCCCCCCACCCUAAAGGUCUGCAGCAACGAUGUUCACCUCGGCUUGUAGUUUGCACCUAUUCUGAUGAAGGGAAAGAAAUGGGUACCUCUAGGUUAUGAUUUAUCUUGUUCUCAUGACAUUUUAAAGAAGGACAAAUGAAUGCUGCUCUAAGAGAGGUGUUAGAGAUUAAUGGGAUGAAUUGUCUUCUGCAGGUGCCUCUCCCUCCUCAGACUGCAGAGGGAAUCUAGAGACCUUGCUUAGGCUAUUGACCUCACAGAAAUAAUGAACUUCACUGACAUGAACCCUGCCUGGGGUUGCUGGGAGCAGGCUCAGGGGAACCAGCUUUCCCAGGAGACCACAUCCUAGAAGGAAGUUUUCAAAGGAGUUUUCAUCAAAGAUGAAGGAGAAAACUCUUCUGCUCACAGACUGAUGUAUCCAUGCUACUAUUAAGUCCCAUGUGUCUCCAUGGUACCUGUUUGGUCUGCUGUGGUAGUUGUGCAGUGAGGACCACUUCUCUAGUAGUCAGUUUGUAGAUUCUUCCUCCUUUCCACAAUCAGUGGAAACAGUCUUAAUCAAUAUGGUCAUAUAUAUGUGUGAUUGUAUGUGGUACGGGUUGCUGCUGACAUGUAAUAACAUUGUUGUUGUAUCAUAAGCUUGUGUUUCCCUCCUUGAGAUUUAUAUUAAGAUAUUUUUGGAGAAAAUCAAAUAAAAAUACAGUGUAAUGAUAUAUUCCAAGGUGACUGUC